AUGUUUGGGUUGUUCUCGGUCAGCAGUCGCACGCUCCGACAGAUUGAGGUUGCCUAUGACGGCAGUGGGACAGUUCACCGUCCCCAGCCGUUACCUCCAUCCACCAUGCACCAGAGCGGUCUGUCCAGCACUGACAGCAGCUCGGCUUACGGUCUGGCCUCCAACCGCCACGGCUUCUCCAGCUACUCCGACACCUUCAUGAGCUCUGCAGCACCAAGCAACCACGUCAACCCUGUCAGCAAUGGACUCUCCCCACAGGUGAUGAGCAUCCUGAGUAACCCCAGCGGCGUUUCCUCACAGCCACAACACGACUUCUCCAUCUCGCCGCUCCACAGCGCCUUGGACUCGUCUCCAUCCAACGCCAUCUCAGCCAGCUGCAGCCAGCGCUCGACCGAGGCCUCCAUUAAGACGGUGGACAGCCUCCCAUCAUCCCAGUCCUACUGCCCCCCCACAUACAGCACCACCGGCUACAGCAUGGACCCAUCUGUGGCAGCCGCCGGCUACCAGUACAGCCAGUAUGGCCAGACUGCUGUGGACUACCUGGCGAAGAAUGUGGGCCUGUCCAGUCAGCGCAGGAUGAAGCUGGCCGACCACUCGGCAGUACUGGGACUGCUGCAGGUGGAAACCGGUCAGGCCUACUAG